GCCGGGCCGAGGGGCGGCUCCCGGGACCUCACCUGCGCGCGGGGGAGGGAGGGGGAGCGAGGACGAGGCGCACCGUCCCACACUCAGGAGCGCCCUGCCCCCCAGGAGCGCGGCCCCGACGGCGCACGGCGCGGCGGGCGGAGUGGGUGGUGCAGGCAGGGGCGGUAUAUCCAGUCUGACGGAGGGCGGGCCCGGCCAGAGCCUGGAGGAGCACCCGCCGGGGCGGAGGCGCCACGAGCAGUCGGAGGAGCCGCGCGCGCAGACACACGCACCACGAAGUCUAUGGCCACAGGGAGCCGCUGAGCGCCAAGAGCCCGCCGCCGCCCCGCGCCUCCCGCCCGCACCUCGCGCCUCCCGCCCGCGCCCGGCCGCGCGCCGCCGCCGCCGCCACCAUGAACCACUCGCCGCUCAAGACCGCGCUGGCCUACGAGUGCUUCCCGAACCAGGACAACUCGACGCUGGCGCUGCCCUCGGACCAGAAGAUGCAGACGGGCACGUCGGGCAAGCAGCGCGUGCAGGAGCAGGUGAUGAUGACGGUCCGGCGGCAGAAGUCCAAGUCCUCGCAGUCGUCCACGCUGACCCACUCCAACCGAGGUUCCAUGUACGACGGCCUGGCUGACAAUUACAACUACGGAACCAAUCGGAGCAGCUACUACACCAAGCUGCAGGCGGGCAGCGGCUCGUGGGGCUACCCGAUCUACAAUGGGACCCUCAAGCGGGAGGCCGACAACCGGCGCUUCAGCUCCUACAGCCAGAUGGAGAACUGGGGCCGCCACUACCCCAGGGGCGCCUGCCACACGGGCGCGGGCAGCGACAUCUGCUUCCUGCAGAAGAUCAAGGCCAGCCGCAGCGAGCCCGACCUCUACUGCGACCCGCGGGGCACCCUGCGCAAGGGCACGCUGGGCGCCAAGGGCCACAAGGCCGCCCAGAGCCGCUACAGCUUCUACAGCACCUGCAGCGGCCAGAAGCCCGCCAAGAAGUGCCCGGUGCGCCCGCCCUCCUGCGCCUCCAAGCAGGACCCGGUCUACGUCCCGCCCAUCUCCUGCAACAAGGACAUGUCCUUCGGCCACUCGCGGGCCAGCUCCAAGAUCUGCAGUGAGGACAUCGAGUGCAGCGGGCUGACCAUCCCCAAGGCCGUGCAGUACCUGUGCUCCCAGGACGAGAAGUACCAGGCCAUCGGGGCCUACUACAUCCAGCACACCUGCUUCCAGGACGAGUCGGCCAAGCAGCAGGUCUAUCAGCUGAGCGGCAUCAGCAAGCUGGUGGACCUCCUCCGCAGCCCCAACCAGAACGUGCAGCAGGCCGCGGCCGGGGCCCUGCGGAACCUGGUGUUCCGGAGCGUCGCCAACAAGCUGGAGACCCGGAGGCAGGGCGGCAUCCGCGAGGCCGUCAGCCUCCUGAGGACCACCCGGAGCACGGAGAUCCAGAAACAGCUGACCGGGCUGCUCUGGAACCUGUCCUCCACGGACGAGCUGAAGGAGGCGCUGAUCUCCGACGCCCUGCCGGUCCUGGCCGACCGCGUCAUCAUCCCCUUCUCCGGCUGGGGCGACGGCAACAGCAACCUGUCCCGGGAGAUGGUGGACCCCGAGGUGUUCUUCAACGCCACCGGCUGCCUGAGGAACCUCAGCUCGGCCGACGCGGGCCGGCAGACCAUGCGCAACUACACGGGGCUCAUCGACGCCCUCAUGGCCUACGUCCAGAACUGCGUGGCCGCCAGCCGCUGCGACGACAAGUCCGUGGAGAACUGCAUGUGCGUCCUCCACAACCUCUCGUACCGCCUGGACGCCGAGGUGCCCACCCGCUACCGCCAGCUGGAGUACAACGCCCGCAACACCUACACGGAGAAAUCCUCCACCGGCUGCUUCAGCAACAAGAGCGACAAGAUGAUGAACAACAACUACGACUGCCCCCUCCCCGAGGAGGAGACCAACCCCAAGGGCAGCAGCUGGCUGUACCACUCGGACGCCAUCCGCACCUACCUGAGCCUCAUGGGCAAGAGCAAGAAGGACGCCACCCUGGAGGCCUGCGCGGGGGCCCUGCAGAACCUGACGGCCAGCAAGGGGCUGAUGUCCAGCGGCAUGAGCCAGCUCAUCGGGCUCAAGGAGAAGGGGCUGCCGCACAUCGCGCGCCUGCUGCAGUCGGGCAACUCGGACGUGGUGCGCUCCGGGGCCUCCCUGCUCAGCAACAUGUCCCGCCACCCGGCGCUGCACCGAGCGAUGGGGAACCAAGUGUUCCCCGAGGUGACCCGGCUGCUGACCAGCCACACGGGCAACACCAGCAACUCGGAGGACAUCCUGUCCUCGGCCUGCUACACCGUGCGGAACCUGAUGGCCUCACAGCCGCACACGGCCAAGCAGUUCCUCUCCGGCAGCACCGUCAACAACCUCCUCAACCUGUGCCGCAGCAGCGCCUCCCCCAAGGCCGCCGAGGCCGCCCGCCUGCUGCUGACUGACAUGUGGUCCAGCAAGGAGCUGCAGAGCGUCCUCCGGCAGCAAGGCUUCGACAGGAACAUGCUGAGUGCCUUAGGCGGGGCCAACAGCCUCCGGAACUUCACCUCCCGGUUCUGAGGGGGCUGCCCGAGCAGGCUCGGCUCGCAGAAACGACACGACCCCGUGGAGGAGGCCUCGGCCCGGCGGAGGGUUGUUCUGCCACCUGUGCAGUAUUUGGACACGUUCAAGCCACGGAGCGCAAAACCUGGGAACGUGGCCGACGGAGAGAUUUUCAGAUUCUUUUUUCCCCUUGGCAAGGGGGGUUGGGGAGGGUGGGGGGGGCUUUUCUUGAGUUAAGUGAGCUUUUUCCGAUGUCCAUACUUCUUUUGCUGAGAAAUGGUAUAUAUAUAUAUGUGUAUAACAUAAGUGUGUGUGUGUGUG